AUGGUAACGCUGCGGUGGCCAGGCCAGUGUCUGGUCAUCGCCUUUAUCUCCUUCACCUUCACGUUCGAUGCAGCACUUGCUGUUCGGCCAGGGCUGAAGAUUGAGCGUGGCAGGAGGCUCUCCAGGAUCUUCCAGAGCUUCCUGGAAGAUCAGACCGAUUUGGCGCGUGACUCCGACCGGAAUGCCGCUAAAGACGACCAGUGGCAGCGGCCUUGCGAGCAGUGCCAGGGUGCCUUCAUGAACUACUUCAGUGCCUUGCAGACAGCCACGAGGCCAAUUCUGGUGACCGUUGGCAUUGGAAUGACAAUAGUGGUUCUGACCUGGCUGAUGAUGGACACUGCGCAACUCUUCUUCCUUCCGGCUUUGUUCUACUGGAGCAAGCGGCUCAAGUUGUCGUCAGAGAUGGCCGCUGCGACGCUGCUGGCACUCGGCAAUGGCGCACCCGACAUGGCAGAUGCUGUGGCUGCUGCACAACUACAAGAUCUGCCAUUGGGAUUGAGCGAUUUAGGUGGUGCCAAUCUCUGUAGCCUUAGCUGGGGCAACUGCCUAUGCCUGCUGGUCGCCUACAUGGUAGAUCCAGACGCGAAAACUGCAGUAUUGGAACAUCAAGGACAUUACCUGGUGCUGCUGGCUUUCUAUGGCGGUGCUAUUGUCUUGCUGUCACUCAGCCUCCAACAAGCGACCGUCAACUUUUGGCAUGUGUGUGCCCUUACGGCGCUGUACGGUGCAUUCCUGUUGUAUCUGCUUGCGCGCAACAAGAUUGAGGAACAGAUGGAAGGAAUCUCUGGACCGACCGGCCGCCGAAGGAACAGCUCCACUCACGUGGCCAUGGAGGAUUCAUUGGCCUGCUUGAGCCCGCCCGAUGCGGACUCUUGGCGAAUCUCCUUCGCCUGGGCUCUGCUUCUCCCAUUUACGUUAGUGCGUAUGGCAACCAUUCCUCCGUGCGACUUGCGCUGGGACACUCCCCGACGUGUCUUUCACACGAUGUGCCCAACAGGACUCUACUUGCUGUGCCGGCUGCUGGGCUAUAUCCCUGCGCCCGACUUCAACGGAGGAGUGGCGACCGCGGUGGUACUCAUCCUGAUAACAGUCACGAUUUUCAUCACGGGCGGUACCUCUUCUUCUGCGAAGAUGUCAGGAAGCGCGUUGCCAUGGUUCUACUCUGGGAUGAGCCUGCUUGCCCUUGUGUCAUCAAUGCUUUGGCUUUCUGCGCUCUCUGAUGAAAUCACAGCUUCCCUUGAGGGGCUUUGCCGUUUUUACAAGAUUUCACGCUUGCGGUCUGGAUUUACGCUGCUGGCCUGGGGCAAUUGCGCUGGCGAUCUGGUUGCCGCCUAUUCAAUCUCGCUCAUGGGCGAGUUUUCCCUCGCUUUCCAUGGGCUUGUGGCAAGCCAGUUCUUUAAUGUCGCGGUCGGUUUCAGCGCAGCACUGAUGACAGUGACCUGGAAGUCAUCGGAGAAAACCCUCUUUGACAACGGCUGGCCUGUCGACAUUAGUCAUCCGCUACUGGCAUGCGUCGGCUCGAUCCUCAUCGUGGUGGCCAUGCAAGCUGUGUUUAGCCUGGUGGACUUGAACGUGCGCAGUCCAUGUUGGUCAGUUGCGCUGGCAGCCAAUUAUGGUACAUUCUUCAUCUACAUGUGGAUGAAUACAUCAGCCGAAGUACCGUACCAGCUGGCGGGGUGA